UGCGGUCAGCUCGUGAAGGGCUUCUAAAGAGACCGUCGGAGAGCCCCUUCAAUCUGUGCGUGAACGUGAACCAGCCGGUGAUCGCUUCCGGUAUCACUCAAGGCACGCCAGUUUCCAGGCCGAGUCCUGAAAGGCGAAGAUCAACCAGUACGCGCCCGUCACGCCCUCCACCAGUGUGGCCGUCUCGUAUUGCGGAAGUCUAAUUUCGAUCGAUUUCGGUGCGUUAUGCAACAAAGAACCAAUCGGCGCACGCUUUCCUCGUGCCACCGUGCGUCGUGACAACGGAGUCCGAGACCGAGAAUGUUCGCCAUUCUGCUGGCCGUGGCGGUGGCAUUGUUGUGCGUUUAUCUCAUCAACGAAUUUCGCCGCCCGGCCAACUAUCCGCCGGGACCCCCAUGGCUUCCGGUGGUCGGAAACACGCCCUACAUACGGCAGCUGGCCCGUCAGCACGGUGGUCAGCACAAGGCGUUCGAAUUGCUGGGCAAAACGUACCGUAGUGAUGUGAUCGGGUUGAAGCUGGGCCGAGAGUACGUCGUCGUGGCCCUCAACUACGCGGCCGUUAACGAGGUGCACCGGAACGACGUGUUUGCCGGGCGGCCCGAUAACUUCUUCAUCCGCCUUCGUACGAUGGGAACCAGAUUGGGAGUGACCUGUACGGAUGGGCCGUUCUGGGUGGAACAUCGCAGUUUCGUGACGCGCCAUCUCCGGCAGGCCGGUUACGGUCGGCAGCCGAUGCAGGUGCAGAUUCAGAACGAGCUGAACGAACUGGUGGACAUCAUUCGGGGAGCCGAGCAACGGCCAAUCUGGCCCGCCAGUAGCCUUUCGAUCAGUGUGAUUAAUGUUCUGUGGACGUUCGUGACCGGCAGCCGGAUACCGCGCGAUGACGAUCGGUUGCGGCGAUUGCUCAAGCUGCUGCAGGAUCGCUCCAAGGCGUUCGAUAUGUCGGGUGGCGUGUUAAGUCAGUUACCGUGGCUUCGCUUCUUGGCGCCCGAGUGGAGUGGCUACAAUCUGCUGUGUCGCUUCAACACGGAACUGAACGAGUUCUUUGCCACAACGAUCGCGCAGCACCAUCGGAAUUUUAGCGACGCGAAAGCAACCGACGAUCUCAUCUACGCGUACAUAAAGGAAAUGCGUGACCGCCGGGAUGACCCGCAGUCCACGUUCACCGAUCGCCAGCUAACGAUGAUCAUCCUGGACAUCUUCAUUGCCGGAGGGCAAACGACGAGCACCACGCUCGAUCUCGCCUUCAUGAUGAUGAUUGUACGGCCCGACAUUCAGGCACGGGUUCGCACGGAGAUUGACGGUGCCCUUCGACCGGAUGAACUGCCACAGCAAGCCGAUCGCUCGAAGCUCCCGUACACCGAAGCGUUUCUGCUGGAAGUGCAGCGCUUCUUUCACAUCGUGCCCGUGAGCGGCCCCAGGCGUACGCUGGCCGAUUGUAGCCUCGGUGGGUACCGCGUGCCCAAGGACACCACGGUGCUGAUCGGACUGAAAACGGUUCACAUGGACCCGGAAUACUGGGGAGAUCCGGAAGAGUUCCGCCCCGAACGGUUCCUAGGUGCGUCCGACGGACAGACACACGGGGGACACACGGAUCGGUUGAUGUUCUUUGGCAUCGGCAAACGUCGCUGCCUCGGGGAAACGCUGGCCCGUUCCUGCCUGUUUACGUUCUUCGUCGGGGUGAUGCAAAAGUUCGAUCUACUCCGACCGACCGCCGGCGGGGCGUCGAUGGAACCAUCGAUCGUGCUAAACCCGGGCAUAACGCUGUCCCCGAAACCGUACGAAGUUGUGUUCCGGCCCCGCUACUAGGGAGAGAGUUUUGUACAUUAUCUGCGUAGCAUAUACAGUAUAUUGUUUGACUCUUC